UCGGCUCCACAAUUCAAGAUGGAGUCGUUGAGUCGAGCUGGGCAGGAGAUGAGUCAGGCGGCCUUGAAGCAGCACGACCCCUACAUCACCAGCAUCGCAGAUCUCACGGGCCAGGUCGCUCUGUAUACUUUCUGCCCUAAAGCCAACCAGUGGGAGAAGACUGAUAUAGAAGGGACCCUAUUUGUAUAUCGAAGGUCAGCUUCGCCUUACCAUGGUUUUACCAUUGUCAACCCACUGAACAUGCACAAUCUGGUUGAACCAGUGAAUAAAGAUUUGGAAUUUCAGCUCCAUGAACCAUUUCUUCUGUAUAGAAAUGCAAGCUUGUCAAUAUACAGUAUCUGGUUUUACGACAAGAAUGACUGUCACCGCAUAGCAAAACUCACGGAUGAUGUGGUAGAAGAGGAGACACGGCGAUCCCAGCAGGCUGCUCGAGAUAAACAGAGUCCCAGCCAACCCAAUGGCUGCAGCAACCAGAGGCCCAUCGACAUCCUGGAGAUGCUUAGCAGAGCCAAGGAUGAGUAUGAGAGGAAUCAGAUGGGUGGCUCAAAUAUCUCCAACCCUGGGUUACAGCCAAGCACUCAGCUCUCCAAUCUGGGAAGCACCGAGACUCUAGAAGAGACACCCUCUGGGUUACAAGAUAAGUUUUCUUCAUCUGGGCACAAGCAUCUGACAGCAGAAGAGUUGUUUGGAACCUCAUUGCCAAAGGAGCAGCCAGCAGUCAUGGGUCUAGAGUCAGAAGACGUGGAGAAGCUGCCCAGAGAUACAGCACAGAAAGAGCCCGGCUCAUUCCUCUCAUUUUCCUUCGGGCAGUCAGGGGGAGCACCUCAGUCUGAAAACCUGGGUGUCCAUUCUGGCGCUCGCCACACAGUCCAGCCUGAAGCCACCACCCCGGGGCUCAUCACUCCUGCCUCCAUUGCACAGGCAGGUGAAAAGCAUGCCCCAAGCUACACGAUCCCGCUAAGCCCUGUCCAUCCCACUCUGCCAGCCGAAGCUUCUGCUGCACAGCUUCCCCACUUACCUCGGAAUAGUACCUUAAUGCAAGCAGUGAAGACCACACCUCGACAGAAAUCUCCACUCCUGAACCAGCCGGUCCCUGAGCUCAGCCACAGCAGUCUGAUUGCUAGCCAGAGCCUCAGAGCCCCAGGGAGCCUGUCGAGCAAAGCCGGCACGCCCCUCCCAAGCGUUGAUCUGCUCCAAAAACUCAGGUUGACCCCACAGCAUGACCAAAUACAGGCACAGCCGCUUGGAAAAGGUGUAAUGGCACCCAACUUUUUUUCAGCAGCUGGCCAGCUGGCCACCCCUGAGAGCGUCAUAGAGCCUCCCUAGACAGCAGCAGCAAGAGCAGCAACCUCAGCCUCCCUGAGCAACAUGGUGCUUGCUCCAGCCCUUCAGUCUAUGCAGCAAAACCAGGAUCCUGAAGUAUUUGCCGAGCCUAAGGUGUUGCCCAGCGCCGUCCCAAUGGCAGGUCCCCCGCUGGCUGCUGCAGCAACCACAGCAGUGUCCUCUGUUCUGCUGUCCCCUAGUGUGUUCCAGCAGACCGUUCCCAGGUCCACAGACCUAGAGCGGAAAGUAAGCUCUCCCUCUACGCUCACUGUUGGGACACCAGAAAGUCAGAGAAAGCCUUCCAUUAUUCUCAGCAAGUCUCAGCUCCAGGACACACUGAUACAUCUAAUAAAGAACGACUCUAGCUUCCUCAGUACACUUCAUGAAGUCUACUUGCAGAUGUUGACCAAGAACAAAGACAACCACAACGUAUGACUGGAGUACAGUCCAUGUGA